AUAACCUCAAGUUUAAUCAUCAGUAAUCGUCACUGUUUCAAUACAGCCAUAAAUGUCGUAAUUUUCUGUGUUUACAACGUAAUAAAAAACCUUGAAUUAUAAAGAAUGGAAAAGAGCUUCGACGAAUUAAUGGAUAGUGAUCUCGAGCUCAAUGAAUCGGUUUUCGAUUAUCCUGAGGAAGUUCUCCAGUCACGAGAAGAUGUAAUUGAAUCUGACAACAAUGAGCUGGAUGAUGAGACCUGGACAUCACAAACCCAACCCACCCUCGGAUCAUCGGCAAACUCUAAUGAGUCUGCCAUUGAUGAAGACUUGAAUGACAACACUCGUAAGGCAACUGACCAUCAUAACAUGGUUCCCUCCCAUAUUCGUGAAGCUGCAGAGAAAGCGAGGUCAAAUUUGCUACCAAAAAAAUCGAAUUCAUCGUACAUGUUUGCUUACCACAAAUUUAAGACUUGGUUGGUUAAGAACGAACUUAAUGUUGAUAGCAUUGAUCGGGACAUUAUGCUGGCUUAUUUCAACAAACUCAAAGAAAAAUAUAAGCCUAGUAGCUUAUGGGCUACAUACUCAAAAUUGAGAAGUACCAUCAGUACUUAUCAUAACAUUAAUAUUCACAAUUUUUCACAACUGAUUCAAUUUUUAAAAAAUGCGAACAAGGUAUAUCGAAGUGUCCAAGCGUUGGCUCUGACAGAGGAACAGGUUAGGACAUGUCUGCUAACUGCUCCUGAUCAAAUCUACUUAGAUGUCAAGGUAGUUUGGAUUCUCGGGAUGUACGGUGCUUGUCAUAGAUGCGAACUGAAAAAUUUGAAAAUAACUGAUUUCAAGGAGAAAGGUGACGACUUAGAAUUCUUUCUUGACGAGACAAAGACUGACAAUCCGAGGUCAUAUGUAGUUCCUCAGCCACUUUGCACAAAGGUAAAGGAUUACAUAGCUUUACGCCCCGAUAAUUGUAAGCUUGAAGACUUUUUUCUGAAUUAUACCAAAGGAAAAUGCACUCGACAACCUAUUGGCAUAAAUAAAAUUGGUAAUAUGGCCAAGGAAGUUGCCGUUUUCUUAAAUUUAACGAAUGCAAACCGUUAUACAUCACACUGUAUACGACACACCUCUGCAACAUGUUUUGCAAAUACUGGAGCGAGUGGCGUAGCUUUGAAGCAGCUUGAUGGCUGGAAGUCAACCGAAAUUGCUCACGGUUAUUGCCAAAACUCCCUACACAACAAGAGAAAAAUUGCUCGUAGCAUCACGGACAGUAUUCUCGAAGCUCCAAGUACCUCUACAUCAACAGCUCACCUGGUGUCUAAGCGUGUGCCCUCUUUCGAAUCUUCAAAAUUCAAUGCUCUAAGAAAUCAAGUCUCAACUACUCCACCAGUCGCUUUAACCCCAUCACAAUCCUCAGUUCGUCUGUUGCAAAAUACUAAAGGAACAAAUCCAGACAAAUCAUCAAGAUCUGCGCAUCUCGUCAUUGAAAACAAAGAAAACUUGACUCUCUCAGAUUUGCUGCAGAAUAUCAAUGACGCGAAAAAUAUCAAUUUUAACUUCACGAACUGCCCAAAUCUAUCAAUCUAUUUUGGAAAAGAUGAAACAGAGAGGAAGUAAUAUUAUAAAAUAACGUUGUUUUGUUCAAAUGUUU